UGCACAAAGUCCACCCGUGUAUCUAUCACGUCUAAUUUGAACGGACAACAUGUGCGACAAAAAGAUACUUUGUAUCGGCUUAGUUUGUCUGGACAUUAUCAAUGUUGUGGAGAAAUAUCCGGAAGAGGAUACUGACAGCAGGUGUCAAUCCCAGCGCUGGCAGCGCGGAGGGAACGCCUCCAAUUCGUGCACGGUAUUGUCUCUUCUGGGCGCCCCGUGCGCAUUCAUGGGGUCCCUAGCCCCAGGGCCCGUGGCAGACUUUGUUCUUGAUGACUUCCAGAAGUACAGCAUCGACGUCUCUCUCUUGUCAGAGCACGCGCAGUGCUCCUUCCCAGCCUCCGUGGUCAUCAGCAAUGUGACAUCGGGCAGCCGCACCAUCCUACACAUGAACAGUUACAUUGUGAGUGACUUCAGCAAGCGUGGGGUGGAUAUCUCUGGCGUUGCUUGGCAGCAGCAGGGGGUAACCCCGUGCGCGUGCUGCGUGGUGUGCCCGGGUAGCGGCUCGCGCACCGUGGUGCUCUCGGACACGAAUCUCCCUGAUGCAACGGCAGGGGACUUCUCCAAGGUGGACCUCAGCCAGUACAAGUGGAUUCACUGGGAGGGUCGGAAUGCAGGGGAGCAGGUGAAAAUGAUCCAACAGGUGGCGCUCUAUAACAGCCUGUUGCCAGAGCAACAGAAAAUCACAGUGUCCGUGGAGAUCGAGAAGACCAGAGAGCCUCUCUACCAGCUGUUCUGCCAGGGGGACGUGGUGUUUGUCAGUAAGGACGUUGCCAUGCACUUUGGCUUCAGCUCUGCCCAGACCGCACUCCGGGGCCUCUACAGCAGAGUGAAGGAAGGGGCUGUCCUGAUCUGCGCCUGGGCAGAGAAAGGUGCAGAUGCCAUGGGUCCUGACCGAGUAGUCGUCCACUCGGAUGCCUUUCCCCCCAAGGCCCUGGUGGACACACUGGGAGCAGGAGAUACGUUCAACGCAGCCGUUAUCUUCACUCUGUCUAACGGUGGCAGCCUACAAGAGGCCUUGACCUUUGGUUGUCAAGUGGCCGGCAGCAAGUGUGGUGUCCAUGGUUACGACGGCAUCGUGGUGAGGCACCAUGACAAGUGAGAAGAGGAGGGAAACCGCAAUGAGAACCACGAAAAGAGCAGAUGAAGAAGAUGCACAGGGCUGCCUGUAAAACAUUUGGCAGUGGAAAGUUACACACGAUCUUCAACGGAAUGUAACUCAGAAACUAAGCGAAUGGUUUGAAUGCUGUUCUGAGGAAAUGUUAUGCUAAUGAUGAAUUGAGGCCUCAAUGUUUUGCAGAUGGAGAGCUGACAAUAUGACAGGGACCUCAGGCAUGAAAUUAAAAAAUAUUUUCAAAGCUAAGUGGUUUGAAAGAGAAUGACUACUACCAUCAAAUCAAUCUGACAUGCUCAUACUGGCCCGGUUAGACUUCACAGGAUCAGGCAAUAAAAUAAAAUCCUUAAAAGACAUGCCUUAACAAUACAACAUCUUCUCUUGUGCAAUAUAAAGGAUGAUCAAAUCUUCAAGAGCAUGGAAACUCUCUGCCCAUUUUUCUUCGCCCACAGUCAUUAUCUUGAUUUAAAUGUUGUGCGAUUUUGUUUAGUGAUGUUCUCUUUCAGAAGUAAUUGAGACUGUACAAGCCGGUAUUUUGUUAGAAUGGAGAUCCCAGUUCCGCCCAGUCUACAGUGAAGGUUUGGCUUUUAUUGAGUGCUAAUAACAAGCUGGUUAACAUUUGGUAUUUCUGAUUUACUGUAAUGCCACUUUUCCAUAAGAUCGAGCCAAUCAUUUCUGCAAUGAAAUUACCUUCAUUUUAAUAAUGGAAAACACAUGAUUAGGACAUAAAACAAUGAGUCGCACCAACUGGGAUACGAGUUUGAAACAAAAAAGCUUUUGGAAAAUCCACUUGAAUCAGCCCAUCAGACUAAUUAUUUGUGUGAUGCGGCGAGUGUAUUAGGUACUUGAAUUCUAUCAGACUGUCAUGAGAUUUACUGAAUAAAUAAGCUCAUUAUA